GUGCACUUCAAAAAAUGCAUUCACCCUGAAGGAUGCUCACGCAGUGCAAGCUUUGGUUAUUCCACUUCAUACAAAAGGUUGUUCUGCUCAUUGCACCGGUCGAACCACCACCAUGACAAGAAACACGUUGUUUGCCAACAUGCUGCUUGUCAGCGACAAGGAACGUAUUGGGAUGGUCGAAACGAAAGCAGCUCUAGGUACUGUAGGGCGCAUAAAAGAUCAGACGAUGUGAGAAUCUCGUCUUCCAAAUGCGCUUUUCCGGAUUGCUCGGAGAAAGCGACGCAUGGCUUCAGCAACUUCACGUCGAGGUUCACCUCUCCCAUGUGGUGCAAGAACCACUCGGACGAGAGCCAACACGUGGACCUCAGGCGGAGGGUUUGCCAGGCCGAGGAGUGUGAGAGGACAGCGACGCACGGCGACCCUGUGCAGCGCAGGAUGAUUCAUUGCUCCAUGCACAAGACAGCAAAGGAUGUAGACUUGAGGCACAAGAAAUGUCAGUAUCUUGAAGGAAACUGCUACCGGCAGCCCAGCUACGGAGACCCAGAGGAGAAGAUUGCUCGCUUCUGCUCAAGACAUCGAAGCCCGUGGCAUGUCGAUGUGCGAAAU